UGCUCGUGGCCCAGCACGUCGCUCUAUCCCAACGGACACAGCGUGCGGGUUCUGGGCCGGGCCGGGGAGCUGGAGACGGAGGUCCAGACGGUCCUGGUGGAGAACUGCAUCCACGUGCCGCCGUUCUCCGAAGCCCAGCUCAGGGAGAUGCCGGUGAAUUCCCCGGAGAAACCGUGGGUGGCGGAUCCGGCCGAGGCGGUGGCGCGCCGGGACCUGAGGCGGACCCACCUGGUGUUCAGCAUCGACCCGAGGGGCUGCGAGGACGUGGACGACACGCUGUCGGUGCGGCGCCUGGCCGGCGGGAAGCUCCUGGAGCUGGGCGUCCACAUCGCCGACGUCACGCAUUUCGUCAGGGAGGAAUCGCUCACCGACCUGGAGGCCCGGUCCAGAGCCACCACCUACUACCUGGCGGACCGCCGCUACGACAUGCUGCCUGCUGUCCUCAGCGCUGACCUUUGCUCCCUGCUGGGCGGGGUCGACAGGUCGGUACGCCCCAUGAGCGUCGUGUGGGAGCUGGACGCUCAGAGCAUGGCCGUCACCAAGGUGUGGUUCGGCCGGACCCUGAUCCGCUCCUCCUACCAGCUGCACUAUGAGCUGGCCCAAGCGCUGCUGAACGGGGAGGAGGUCCAGGUUCCUGAGCUGGCCCGGCUCGACCCGGAGGAGAGGGACGCCAAGCUAAGCGAGCUCAUCCAGGCGCUGGGGACGCUGACGCACAGCGCCAGACACCUGCGGGCUCAGAGGGACCGAGGAGGAGCGCUGGAGCUGGAGGGAGUGGAGGUCCGAGCCCAGCUGGACCAGGACAAGAACAUCACGGCACUGGUUCCUCGCCAGCCCCUGGAGGUCCAUGAGACCGUGGCAGAGUGCAUGAUCUACGCCAACCACUGGGUGGCGCGCAAGAUCCAGGAGGCCUUCCCCUACCAGGCCCUGCUGAGGCGUCACCCGCAGCCACGCCAGGAGCUGUUCAGCCAGCUGGUGGACACGGCCCGGGCCAGGGGGUUCUCCAUCGACACCAGGACCAACAAGGCCUUGGCCGACUCUCUGGACCGAGCCGUGGACCCCGAGGACCCGCUGGUGAACAGGCUCUUCAGAAUGAUGGCCACCCAGGCCAUGUCUCAGGCCGUGUACUUCUCCACUGGUGCUCAGCCUGAGGACCAGUUCUACCACUACGGUCUGGCUCUGGACCGCUACACUCACUUCACCUCCCCGAUCCGCCGCUACGCCGACAUGGUGGUGCACCGCCUGCUGACCGCCGCGCUGCAGCUGGAGCGCGGCGGUCAGCAGGGGGCUGAGCCUGGCAAACCGCCGGCCGGCAACAAAGACAUGGAGGAGCUGGCAGAGCACAUCAACAGCAGGAACCGGGCGGCCCAGCGAGCCCAGAACCUUUCCACCGGACUCUUCCAGUGCCUCUUCUUCAAGGAGCGCGACCCGGAGACGGACCCGCGCUGCGUGGCCGACGCCAUCAUCUACUCUAUCAGGGACAACGGCGUGCUGGUCUUCAUUCCAGAGUACGGAGUGAAAGGUCCGGUCUACAUGAGGAACAAGGAGGGCCUGGUGGUGACGGCCGGCCCGGACGGUACCUGUGAGUGGCAGAGCGGCUCCGUUCGCCGCCACUCAGACCACAUCACCACCACGUCUGGCUGUGGCAGCGCCACCUUCAGGUUGUUUGACCACAUCACGGUCCGGAUCUCCGUCCUCUCCACUAACUGCCACGCCGACACGCUGACCCUGCAGGUCAUCAGCAACCAGCCGCACCUCGGCGCCGCGCCGCAGCGGCCCGGUUCGCCGCGCCGCAGCCAGCUGGUGCAGGAGGUGGUGCGGCUGGCCGGGGAGGCACAGGAGAAGGCGGCGCGCCGACCCGAACUCUCCAAGGAGGAGCGGGAGUUCCGGCAGAGCAGAACCCCCAACCUGUACUCCCUGCUGGAGGAGAUCCGGGAGCUGGCGCUGAUGGACCCAGACGCCGCCGCGCGGCCCGGCACCGUGACGGCGUAGAGGACGAGCCGCCACAGAGCGACUCGUGAGGUUCUGACCCAACGGUCCAGAACCGACAGAAACCAGCAGAUGAAAUGUGGGAAAUGUUUUGGUAGAAAUGUUCUGGUUCUGGAGGGAAAACGAUUCACCAUCAGAACAUGAACUCUGACCCAGUUUCAUUAAAAUCAACUGUUUAUUAUUAUUGGACAUUUUUAUAUUAAAAUAACGUGAACACAGAA